GCUGGGGAGACUGAAGAUUCUCUUCUAUCCCACUCCCAAGAGCCGCAGCAAAGGUUUCCAGUGAAGCUGCAGCCCCGUUCGUGGGAUACAAAAAUUUCUUUCCUCGCAAGAUAUAUCUGGCCUCUGAUGUACAAAAAUGGCAUGAACACAGAAUUUGACCUAAGGCCAUUCUCCAUCCCUUAAAUAUCCACAGCGUAUUUGUACCUAGCCUCGGACUUCCAUUAUCUGCCAACAUGGAUUCCCUCUCAGAUGCUUUUGAGAAGGUAAAGAUCGAGGGCACGCCACCGCAACCCGAUACGAGUGAGAAUCAAGAGGACGAGGACAUCCUCGAGGAGGAGUCCAUUCCUCCGACGCUCUUUCGCUUCCUCGAUCUUCCUUCCGAGAUUCGUCUGCGCGUAUAUGACCUUGUGCUAUUCACACCUUAUCGUUUGAAACCGCGGCGAGCCAACGGAAGUGUAGGCGCCUCAGCAAAGAAUCCUCCCAUCGCUCCCUUUCGGGUCCGUGUCGCUCUGUUCCUUGUGUGUCGGCGUAUCCACGAUGAGGCUACGGAUUAUUUCUACUCUGCGCUGACUUUCCGCCUUUUCCCAAUUCAGGAUUGGAGCCGCACGCCAACUGUCAGAGCUUUGCCAGCAAGACACAAGGCGUCCGUGAGGACGAUCGAGCUGAUUCUGGGCUCCAGUUGGACCUCGCCUCCUCGGGAGUGGGUGGUGAACAAUCGCCUGGGGCUAGAAAAGAUGGUGCGCGUUAGAACAUUGAAGGUCUUCCUUGAGUGCGAUCCAUCGCAUCCUGUUUUUGAAGGUUUUCGCGUAUCUCCAGGCUUCUACACCGAUUUUGCGGGCAAGAUCCUCAAGCAGGUUCUGGAGAGAUUGCCCCAUGUUGUACAAGUGGAGUUUGAUGGUUAUCCAUCUGUCUCCAGAAGCGGAAGUCUAAUGAAGCGCCUGCUACACGAGGCGAGGGCAGCACAGAAAAAGAUUCUCUGGGGACCCGAGCGAGGAUGGACAGACGGGGAUAGUGAGGGUGAACAAAAACCGAAUCAAGUGGAAUUUGAAGAAGCCGACUGCCAAAAUUCAGUGCAAUAAAUAGUGACACACCGUCUGGCUAAGGAUUUUCUCGAUGCGCAUUGUCUCAACCAUUCAUACUAUAUCAAGCAUCAUUUAUCUAUGUGUAAUUUCAUCUCUUCGGUCCAUAGAAGUCAGGUAUAGAGCUCCAGAACAUAGGGGAAAACGUCGG